AUGAAACUUUUAGUAGUGUUGGCUGCCGUAACGGCUCUAUGCGCUGGUAGCGCAAUUCCCGUCGUUCCGGGAGAUAAUAGUCACUAUGUGGAGGGUGAAAGCCGCUACAUCUGGAUGCCCGAUGGACUGGAUCCUGCUGGUCCUCAAUGGGGCUUAAACGCAGUUGCUCUGAAUCGAAAUGAUGGUCAAUACGUUGAAGCAAUUCACACAAAUGGUGGACGUUAUGGGAUCUUUGACCGGAGUGCUGACGCUGACUUCUACCCUAAUGGAGGAAGGCGUCAGCCCGGAUGCUGGACUAACGUCUGUUCCCAUGGCCGCGCUUUUGAAAUAUUUGCUUCAACUGUUCGUUACAACCACCUUAACGGGAGGGCAUGUUCUAACAUCAAUCAAGUUUCAAAUCCAAACCAAUGCACUGGCGCCACUCUGAGGAUGGGUAAUGCAGUUGUGAACAAAAGAGGAUCUGGAAUCUUCGCCCUUACAACGCGCAACUCGGCUCCAUUUUAA